CUUCUGUAGUUUAAUAAAGCUUUUAUUUUCUUUUAUUUGCAAUCUUUUUAUUUGUUCUGAUUUGAAGCCUCGGCACAACAUUGCAUUUCUGCUUUAUAAAGCUGUUUACCCGCGUGUUCAGGCUCACAUUUGGUGUUUUUGUGCCCUUUAAUGAGGUAUUAAAGCCGGCACACAGCCCUCAUAAUGCCUGACCGGCUCGUAUUAAGCGCCAGUCUUAUUAAUGGAGCCCUGUGGGAGUGUGUCCACGGCUCUGGAGCGGCUACCUUUCAACAACACGGCGCUGAAAAGGCUGCCGGUGGAGGACUCGGAGCAGACCGGCUCCCGGACCGUCCCUGCGGCAUGCUUCUCCCUAAUUCGGGCCCUCCAGCCCCUGGUCCGCCCGGCCGUCGUGGCCCAGUCCCCGUCGGCUCUGUCCCUGCUCGGCCUGACCGAGCAGGACGUGUUGAGUGACCCGCUGAGCCCGGAGUAUCUGAGCGGCUCCAGGCUGCUGCCGGGCUCCGAGCCGGCCGCGCACUGCUACAGCGGCCACCAGUUCGGCCUGUUCGCGGGUCAGCUGGGAGACGGAGCGGUGAUGUACCUGGGGGAGGUCGAGUCGGGCGCCCACGGCCGAUGGGAGAUCCAGGUGAAGGGUGCCGGAGUCACACCUUACUCCAGAGACGGAGAUGGCAGGAAGGUGCUUCGCUCCAGCGUCAGAGAGUUCCUCUGCAGCGAGGCCAUGGCCGCCCUGGGGAUACCCAGCACCCGCGCGGCCUCCCUGGUGACCUCCGACCUCUACGUCAACAGAGAUCCGCUCAACAGUGGCAGGCGCGUUCCUGAACGCUGCUCAGUCGUCCUGCGUCUCGCCCCUUCCUUCAUCAGAUUUGGGUCUUUUGAGAUCUUUCGGGGUCGUGAUGAUUUCUCAGGCCUGCAGGGUCCCAGCGCAGGGCGGCAUGACAUCCGCGCUCAGCUGCUGGAUUACGUCAUUGAGACUUUUUAUCCUUGCGUCCAGCAGACUCAUAGCAACCGGAAAGAGAGGAACAUGGCUUUUUUCAGAGAGGUGAUGAUGCGAACCGCAAAGCUAGUGGCCCAGUGGCAGUGUGUUGGGUUUUGCCAUGGCGUCCUUAACACAGACAACAUGAGCAUCUUGGGUCUUACCCUGGAUUAUGGCCCCUUUGGUUUCAUGGACAGAUUUGAUCCAGAUUUCGUUUGCAACGCCUCAGACAAAAGAGGGCGCUACUCGUACCAAGCGCAGCCGUCCGUGUGCCGCUGGAACCUGGCUCGCCUGGCGGAGGCGCUGGGCUCCGAGCUGGACGCAGCUCAGGCAGGGGCUGUCCUGGAUGAGUUCACCCCGACGUACGAAGCCCUCUACCUGGGCAUCAUGAGGAAAAAGCUGGGCCUCGUCCGAAGAGAGGAGUCGGAGGACAGCGAGCUGGUGUCAGACCUGCUGCGCCUCAUGCACAACACUGGUGCAGAUUUCACCAACACCUUCCGCCUGCUGAGCCGCGUCCCCUGGCCUGAGGAGGGCGACAGUGAGGGGGCCACCGUGGGGCCACCAGUGGACCUCAUCCUGCAGCAGUGUGCCUCUGUUGAGGAGCUAAAGGUGGCUAAUAAGCCAACUAUGGAGGACCGUGAACUGGCGAUGAUUCUGUCCAUGGCGCAAACCAACCCAGUCAUGUUUGGGAUGGUGGCAGACACGCCAGGUGUGUCCCAGCAGCUGGAACGGAUGGGAAGGCUAAAGGAGCUGCUUGAGACGGAUCAGGAUGAGCUGAAGGAGAAGCAGCGCGAGGACUGGAUUCGCUGGGUUAGCAGAUACAGGAGGCGUUUAGCUAUGGAGUGUGAUGGCACAACGGACUUGUCUCUCGUCAAAAAGGAGAGGCUCGGUGUGAUGAACAGCACCAACCCCCGUGUCGUCCUCCGCAACUACAUCGCCCAGAAUGCAAUUCAGGCUGCAGAAAAGGGAGACUUUUCUGAGGUCAGCAGGGUCCUCAGAGUUCUUGAGAACCCAUACUGUGAUGCCUUUGAGCUGGAGCCUCUAGAUGGACCCCACAUGAAUGGACAGACUGCUGCCUAUGACAGGAAACCUCCCGCCUGGGCACAAAGAAUAUGCAUCACCUGAUCCUCGUAGAGCCUCCCAGACAGGUAGAGGAAAGAAGUCCGUAUCCACGGUGGAGGACUGCUCUCCUGCUGCUGCUCUCCACCUCCACCUCAGACGUUCUUUCCUGCUUCCUGAAGGGAGGUUGUUAGGUAACCCAGUGUGUUCCAGUGUUCAUCAGUAUGCUAAUAAAGCAUUACUCUUUAACAUCUUUCAACAGUAAAGAAAACCAGAUAAGAUAACCAUGUUGAAAUAACAUCAUUAUGCCACUAAAGAUACAUACAAGAAGUCACUGAAUUCACUGAUGAAGUAUGACGGCUCAGAUGACCAGUCACACGAUGACCUGUUUGAGUCUGAACCACCAGGAGCACACUGGCCUCAAUGAUUAACAGACAGGGGACGUAUAAGGUCAAUAUGUCAGUAGUCACAAAUAUGAGAAAUUUCAAAUUGUUUACCAGUGUAGAAUGAUUGCUGCCAUAUUGUUUCUGAGAAUUUCAUAAAGUUUGAAAUAAAACAGUAGUAUGUAUUUAUAA